GGCCGGCGGCCGCGGAGCUGCAGGGAGCGAGGCGCAGGAGACACGGAGCCGCCCCCGCUGCGCUGCGCCCCCGCAGACCCCCUCCAGGCCUCGGGGCGCCCAGCAGCGCUUCGUGGGGCCCCCGGGGCGGGGCGACGGACCUGGAGCGACCCCAUCUGCCCCCCCGGCGAAGGAGGCUCCCCACCCCCCUUCUCCUGCAGGUGACAUUGUCUCCCCCUCCCGCUGCACCCCCAUGGGUUAAGGACCAGCCCCCCCCCACGAGUGACUCCCGCUCCCCACCUCUGCGAUGGGGGCCCCCUUCCCCUGACUCUCCCCCCCACGCCGGGACUGUGAUUUACCGGGGGCGGGGGGGAAGCAGGACCCCCCCCUUUUCCCCAUCCGCAUCCCCUGCUGGCACGGAGCUCCCCCGCGGGUGGGGCACGCGCCCUCCCCCAGCCACCAGGCUCCAGAGCCCCCCCCUCCCCACCAAAGGUCACAGCCCCCUCCCCGGCAUCUCCCAGCCAUAGCCCGGCAGCCGGCAGCCCCCCCGCCCCAUGGCGGCCAAGUGGUUCAGGGAGUUCCCCUCCAGUCUGAAGACGGGCAGCGGGAGCCUGGGCAAACUGUGCAGCGCCUCCCGGAAGCCCCUGGGCCCCGCCGAGCCGGGCCCCGGCCCAGUGCAGGGCAAAAACCGCAAGAACUCGGCGGCCGAGCUGGGGGGCUGCCGAGCGGCUCCGGGGCCCGGCAAGGAUGGCGGCAGCAGGCUGUCCCGGGACAACCUGCAGGGGCUGAUCCAGGCCGCCACGGGCAAGAUGCGCAAGAACUCACGGGCGGAAGGCAGCCCCCAGGAGGGCGCCCCCAAGGGCCCCGGCUGCAGCACCUACAUGAACCGGCUCAUCAAGGUGGACGCCCAUGAGAAGAAUGGGAAAAGCUACCCCAGCGGUAGCCCAGCGCCCAGCCCGGCGCCGGAGGAGGACAAGGGCAAGACCCCUAAACAGGAGACGGUCAUCAUUCUGGAGGACUACGCCGACCCGUACGACGCCAAGCACACCAAGGGCCAGCGGGAGGCGGAGCGGCUGGGGGAGAAUGACGGGUACAUGGAGCCCUACGACGCGCAGCAGAUGAUAACGG